CUCAUCUCCCAAAUGGUAUAAUGAGAUAUUUGGAACUCCAGGAUGAGACCCUGCCAUGAUGUCAUCAGCAUGUCUGAAUCUGCCUGUGUGUGUUGCAUAGGCUUGUGGAAAUACAUGCAUUCUUUCGCGUCGCAUCCGCAGACAAUCACUCAAAACUGAGAAGUCAACAUGGCCACUGAAGCUCUGAACGCUCUGAAGAUCUGUGUGGUGAUCAUUUACCUGGCUUUAACGGGACUCUGUGCAGAGGACUUCAGAUAUAUCCGGCAGUUCCUAAGGUACUACGAGAGCCUCUCUUAUGACAGAACCACAUUACUGCAGCAGCAUCAGCGAGUAAGGCGUCAUCUCGAUCCAGAAACCCAGGUGCUGCAUCUGGACUUAGAAGCUUUUCAGAAGGUUUUCCGUUUACGACUCAAGCCAGACUCUGAUGGGUUUGCAGAAGAUUUCAACUUCCUGUCCAGCAACCAGUCAUUGCAAGGCGACCUCUCUCACAUAUAUUCAGGAGUGCUGGAAGACGAGGUCGGAUCUUCAUGCCAGGGGUCAGUCCUCGAUGGCCAGUUUGAAGGCUCCAUCAAAACCUCCAAUGGGACCUUCUACAUAGAAUCCAUGCAGAGAUACACAUCUGAGUCAACAGAAAAUCACUCUAUCAUCUACCAUGAGGACGAUAUCGAUGACAUUCCCAUGGAAGGGGGCCGUGCUGGAUUCUGUGGUACGGACCGGCUGCAGAGUCUCAUCCAAAGCCUCAGACAGGAUGAACCAGUGCCCAGGUCAAAACGUACAGUAGACCAGUCCAAGACUACCUGUCUCCUCCAUCUGCAUGUGGACUAUUUGUUUUAUCAGCGGUUUGGCAGCAUCGAGGCUGUCGUUGCCCAGGUUGCCUCAUACAUGAAAGCAGUAAACAAUAUAUUUCACAAGGCUGAGUUUGAUGGGAUCGACGUAAUUGACUUCAAGGUGAAAUCGAUGAGUUUUGUUUUAGAAGAAAACUCAGAUGACCCGCUGCAGGAGACUUUCAUUGGCCCCGAGAAGCUGCUGAGUCUUUAUUCAGAGACGAACUGGGGAAACUACUGCCUGUCCUUCCUGCUGACCAGCCGCGACUUCAGCGGCAUCCUUGGCCUGGCCUGGGAGGGGAAACCAGAUAACUGGGGUGGGAUCUGUUCCAAACCCAUACACAAUCGGGAUGGCCAGUCGUCCAGCCUGAACACUGGUCUGAUCACCCUGAAGAACUUCGGACGUUACCUUCUGCCCAAGUUCGUCCAGCUGACCUUCGCUCAUGAGCUUGGCCACAGCGUGGGAGCUCCUCAUGAUGAAGGCUCGGAUUGUGGUGGUCUGGGAAUCACUGAUGGGAAAGGACACUUCCUGAUGUUCCCACAUGCUGCAGACGAGGUGAAGGAGAACAGCGACCGUUUCUCGCCGUGUAGCCUCCGGCACAUGAGCCGUUUGCUGAAGAUCAAGAAGGACAAAUGUUUUGUGGUCAGCGAUCAGCCAAUCUGUGGAAACCGGAUUUUGGAGAAAGGAGAAGAAUGUGAUGUAGGACUCAACGCAAGUGAUCCGUGUUGCUACAGUUCAAGGGAGCCAAUAGGAAUUCAGUGUCGGCUAAAACCUAACCAACAGUGCAGUCCUAGCCAGGGUCUGUGCUGCAGCUCUGGUUGUGUCUUUAAAACUUCUGGACUGCUGUGUGAGGAAGACUCUGAGUGUCGGAUGAAAAGCAUGUGCACAGGAACCUCUGCCACAUGUCCUCAACCUGCUGCCAAGCCAAACAUGACAUUGUGCAGUCUGGGCACACGGGUUUGUCUUAACGGGGAAUGUUCGCGCUCCCUGUGUGUCCUACACAGCCUGGAGCAGUGUGACUGCCCAGGGGAGAACAAGAAAGAAAAAUGUCACAUGUGCUGUCAGCAGAGAGGAAACCCCAACACAUGCGCGAGCACCACUUCCUCAGUGCUCUCAAUGUACUUUAAGGGACAGCGGGUGGCGUUGGUGCCUGGAUCUCCAUGCCACAAAAACCAGGGCUACUGCGAUCACUUCCAGACAUGUCGUCUGUUGGACGCGGAUGGCCCCAUUGCCAGACUGAAAAACUCCUUCCUGAACCUGCGCGAGUUUGAUGACGUAGCAGACUGGAUGAAGGCCCACUGGUGGGCGAUCCUGCUGGGAAUCCUGGGAGUCUCGGCCGUAAUGGCUGGCACUGUCUGUCUGUUUGGACAUACACUUGAGAGUGUCGACAGAGAAGAGACGACACGUUAACUGAGCUGGAAAUAUGUCUGCUGGACAAUAUAAACACUAAUACAGAUACACUGUUGUUAUAUAUUUGACAGUAUAUCUGAGUUUCUGUGCACUGUGCUCACACUCAUUAUAGGCACUGAUUUUUAAUCUCCGUAACUCUCACUAUGCAUUGACUAAAUGUAGCCUAUGUAUGCAACUCACAUUUUAUUUCUGUGAUUCUCCUUCCCUCUACUUUUUGUUUGUGUGUUAAAAGCAAGCUAGCAAUUUUUUCAGCAAUUCAAGUUAGUUACUCCUUCCAUAACAUUAAAUAAACACAUCCUCACAGGAAACAUCACCAUACCAAUGACUACACACAUUUUUUAGUCCAUUUAUGUGGAGUGUGUAGGUUUCUAACAAUGUAAGUUGUACCUAUAGAACAAUAACGUAUCAGAACGAGUGCAUUAAUAUAAUCCUGUGAUUUGCAACUGCACUAUUAUCAGAGCUGCUGUUAUAGAAAAUUUUAGCAAAGCAGGGUAAGUGCAACAAGUUUAAACCAGAGGUAAAGCCUAGCUUUACCUAGCUAAAAGCAAAAUAAAACAGAAGGAGCAAAUUAGAGACAUAGAAUAGACAUUUGCAAAUGCCAAGUGUAAAGUUUCAAAGCUAGGUAGCUAAUGUUUGCUAGGUAGUUUAGCACAAUGUUUUAAAUAGAUAAUCCCUAAAACUUACUUUCUUCAUGUUUCUUUCUGUGAUGUUCAGAGCUGUGAAUCAUUAAUUCUGCCACUGUUCAUUUUAGUAGCUUUUUAUUGUGCAAUCUGUUAUAGUUCGUAUUGUUUAAUCUCAUAUCUUAUACAUGUAUACAUCAUUUUUAUUUCAUUAUUUAUUGUUAUUCAUUUUGACUUUUUUUUUUUUAAAUCUAUUAGAUAAAAUUUUUAAAAACAAUAUUUUAAAAACAUUUUUACAGAAUUUUUUUCAGUUUCUCUGAACUGAACUGAAAUGGUUGUUUUAACGAACACAUUUCUAUCAGAAUCUUUUGUUAGAAUAUUUGACACUUUUAAAUAUUUAAAAUGUAUAUUUGCCAAUGAAAGACCAUUGUUUUACCAGUGUUAUAGUACUCAGUAGUUGCACACUAUUUGAAAAUGCAAUACAAUGUGCUAUUACUGUAAACACAUUACUGUAAAUAUUGAGUGCAGUAAGAUCCUGUAAAUUUAUAAGAUCAUUUUUAGAAAGACUCAGGGUGAGAGGUGUAGACAGAGAGAAAAAAGCCUCUAAGGGUCAAGAAAUAUCAGAUGUGAAUAUUCCUUAUAAACUUUGGUAAUCUCAUGAACUUGUACUGAGUGUAAAAACUGUUUGUCUUUGUGGAGUUUGUGCUGUAUUCAGCAGCCUGUGUGUCAGAUUGCCCUCCUGAUGUUAUCACUGCAGAAUACUGAGUACAGCUAUAUAAAUAACUCAGUAUUUAAAAGAGACGGAGCAGCGUUCAGGGCUGACUCAUCUGUGAGUUCUGCAUUAACACUGACACAAAACACCUGACUGCAAAUGUUCAUUUUUAUGAUUCUGUAUUCCAGAUAAAUUUUAAACCAUGGCACAAAAUUUCUAUGA